AUGGAUGACAUGGGGGACUUCUCUUUAAUUGUCCAACUGAGCCACCGAGAGCUGAUUCAUGUAUUGGAAUCAAUCCCCGGCCAGAAGGACUUGGUGGUGGAGUCUACGUUAAUGAGACCUUUGGAUAAGAUAGCAUCGAUGAGUUUACUUAUUGAACAUGGAGUACCCCGAGUUCAACAGCUGAAGGCGGAAGGCACCAUCUCGUGGGAUCCCAACCUACCAGAACGAGUCUUUCUGUGUCGCCCGACCUUGGCCAACAUGCGCAAGAUCUCCGAAUACAUUCGAGCUGACCCUACACGAACAUAUCACAUGGUACUGGUGGAUAGAAAGCGAAGUGUCUGUGAAAUAGAGCUGGAGAAGUAUGGUGUAUAUGGCCAGGUAUACUUUCACGAGCUGAAUCUGUAUGUUGUGCCAUUGGAGUCAGAUGUGUUUUCUUUGGAACUCCCAGAGCCUUCUUUGAAGUCUACAAAUUCAGCGUUGCCUUCGAUGGCGAGAGCUUUGUGGCAACUACAAUGUCUAUAUGGCCUGAUUCCAGUAUCGUAUAACUUUGGAAAGCAAGCCAAAUGUCUUGAACACUGUUUGAAACAGAUCUUCUUCGAACAAGGAGAACCCACCGCUUCUGCCGACCGUCCUAUUAGUCAUAUGAUAGUAUUCGACCGAAGUCUCGACAUCGCAUCCGUACUUUUAACUGGCCUAACAUACGAAUCCAUGUUGAAUGACUGCUUCCAAUACUCGUGCGGAAAAAUAAUUUUUGGAGAAGCUGUCGAGAACAAACUGAAGAACAAGAACAACCUGAAGAGUAAAGCCUACAGUCUCAACAACUCAGACGCCAUCUUUUCGGCCAUCAGAAACAAACACAUGACUUCUGUGUUCCCCUUUCUCAGUACCAAGGCGAAGACACUACAAUGUAGUUACGAUAAAGCAAGCGGUAAGUCAUCGUAUGAUUUUAUGUUUCUGUUUUUAGCUAUGAGCAAAGUGGAUGAGGUCAAGUCGUUUGUUGUGAACGAGCUGAAGAGUCUGCGAGAGCAACAUAAAUUACUCGAAGUUCAUAUAUGUGCAUGUGAAACCAUGUUGGAGAUCAACAAAGGCUGUACGGAACGACUAGCUAUGGAACAUUCUAUAGUCAAGGGACAAUUUGAAGCCACAGAGGUCAUGAAUUACAUAGAAAACUUGAUUUGUCGUCAAUACAACCCAUGGCAAGUCCUGCAGCUGAUGUGUUUAUGGUCUGUCACAAGUAAUGGUAUCCCUGUCAGACACUUUUCUUCCUUCCGAACAUUGUUUUUGCAUGCUUACGGCUACGAACACUUAACAACCUUGUUUUACUUGAACUCGGCUGGACUGUUGACCGAAGCAGCAAGCGCCAAUACCAUGGCUAUAACACAACGCGCCAAAGUGGCACAAUCCGACUUUGGCCAUGUACUUAAGACUCUUGAGCUGGUGCCAAAGCCGGGAUCGAAACAGAAAAUUGAAGCCAGCUACGUAUUCUCUGAAGCCUACACGCCUGUCGUGUUGAAGAUACUCGAGCUGUUGGUGGACGAAGGAUGGGAUUCUCAGACACUGAAGAAGGCAUUCAAAGAUGUGUAUACGAAUUGUUCCAGUCCGACGACCCCCAAGCCUGAUAACCGCAUAAUGAGAGCCAUUCUAGUCUGUUUCCCUGGCGGAGUAACUUAUUCAGAGAUUGCCGCCCUUAGGCGAUUCGCACAGGACAAAAACUUUCGCAUAAUAAUAAUUACAAGUCAUAUCAUUUCCCGUGAAAGAUUCUUAAAAGGGUUUACUGAUCAAUAA